AUGGCUCGUCCACCAACAAACACCCUCAUUGUGACAAGACUCUCCAAGGAAUUGAAAGAUGACCCUAAUGUUCUUGUCAAUCUUCUUGCUGCACAGGGUCUCCAGGUAGAGCUUAUCUCGCUCCCCAAGUUCGAAAGGUACAUCAUAAUAUGUGGCACGCUGGCCCUAGCAAUCUACGUGAGAGACUAUCUACUGUCUAAUCUUGGGAAAUCUAUUGGUAUCAGUUUCAGUCUUAAGGAUAACCACCUGAGGCUCCUUGAAGACGAGAACUGGACCCUUCGAGCACAAGACACCCAGUUCUUAGAGCUUCCCUCGGAGGAAGGCAGCAGAAGGUUCCUUAUCCUGCCUCCACUUUCUCCUCAAAGCGAAUGGGACGACUAUCAUAAGGUCGAAGAUGGUCCUAACGAGAAGGCUAUCUACUCUCCAGAGGAGCUUUCGCACUUGCUAUGGGAUAGAUUUGGAGGGUUUGAUAGUUUCCAUGUAAAGAAGUACCAAGAUGACGAUGACGAAAGCGAUGAUAAUGAAGAGAAUUUGCUUGAUAUUCGUCAACAACCAGAGGUGCUUUUUGAGAAUAUCGAUAACGGAGUGCCUGCCAUUGUGGUAGAUUCCGUGCGGAACCAAAAAUCCAAAAAGACUCCACCUCUUCCCAAAACAACCAUGCCGCCUACCGACUAA